AUUAAAGCUAAGGGGGAUGAAGGAGGGAUAAUGUCUGGAAAAGAAAGAAAAAAAAAAAGAGAUUAAAUUGAAAGCCGUGCGUGGACUGAAUCCACCACCACCACACUCUGUUCUCUCACUCCAUUAAGCUUCAGCUGCAGCUAUCACUCAAUCACAAACCCUCAAAGCUCUCAUCUUUUUCCUCAUUUCGUAUACCCUUUUGCCUCAACAGUGCAAUGGCGUCAACCCCAACACCCCGACCCCACUUUUCCUCCGUUCCCCCAAUACCCUCCAACAACAACCAGCGCCACCACCAUAACCAAAACAGGAGCCAUCACCGCCGCAACAACAACCGGAACCGGUGGUCUUCUUCUUCCACCAGGUUCUAUUCCUCACCUGCAUCAAGUGCUGGUGCAGGUGCAGGUGUUCCCUCUGCUGCUGCCACUGCCUCUGCUGCAUUUUCAUCCUCCCUGAGUCCGUGGCUUGGCGCCCAGAAAACCCGGCUGGCGCCCGAGUUUUCCGGCCGGCGGUCCAACCGGAACCCGGGGAAGAUGAACUCCGGCGGCCCCAGGGCCGUCCCCAACAAUCAGCAGCACUCGAAGGCUGCCGAGGAGGUCCUGCAUAGCCUCACCAAUGCUGGUAAUGAUGUUUCUGCCAUAGAUAGUGUGUUGCUUCAUUAUAGGCUUUAUGUUGCUGAGGAUUAUGUUUAUUUGCUUAAGGAGUUUGCCAAUACUGGUGACCUAUUGCUAGCCACUAGGACCUAUGAUUUUGCUAUGAGUAGGGCUACUGAUAAUACUUUCAUGGGGAAGUUGACCAGCAACAUGAUUAGGACCCUUGGCAGGUUAAAGAAGAUUGAGCUUGCCUUGGAUUUGUUUGAAGAGUCUAGGACUAGAGGGUAUGGAAACACUGUCUAUUCCUUUUCUGCCAUGAUUAGUGCACUUGGCAGGAACAAUCGCUUUUCAGAGGCGGUGAGUUUGUUGAGGAGCAUGGGAAAGUUUGGCUUGGAACCCAAUUUGGUUACCUACAAUGCCAUUAUUGAUGCAGGGGCUAAAGGGGAACUUACCUUUGAAAUAGUUGUUAAGUUUUUGGAGGAGAUGAUAGCUGCUGGCUGUAUGCCGGAUCGGCUUACUUACAAUUCACUUCUCAAAACUUGUGUUGCGAAGGGUAGGUGGAAACUGUGUAGGGAUUUGUUAGCUGAAAUGGAAUGGAAAGGGAUUGGGCGUGAUGUGUAUACUUAUAAUACAUAUGUGGAUGCGCUGUGUAAAGGUGGACGGAUGGAUCUUGCCAGGCAUGCUAUUGAUGUGGAGAUGCCUGCUAAGAACAUUUGGCCCAAUGUGGUGACUUAUAGUACAUUGAUGGCUGGAUAUUCUAAGGCUGAGCGCUUUGAAGAUGCCCUAAAUAUAUAUGAUGAAAUGAAGCACCUGCUGAUUAGGUUGGACAGGGUGUCUUACAAUACACUGGUUGGACUAUAUGCAAAUCUUGGUUGGUUUGAGGAGGCAAUGGGUAAAUUCAAAGAGAUGGAGUGUUGUGGGAUAAAAAAUGACGUAGUAACUUAUAAUGCACUGAUCGAGGGAUAUGGCAGACAUAACAAGUAUGUUGAGGUCCAAAAAUUAUUUGAUGAGAUGAAAGCAAGACGCAUUUAUCCUAAUGAUCUAACUUACUCAACAUUGAUUAAAAUAUACACUAAAGGUAGAAUGUAUGCUGAGGCGAUGGAUGUUUAUAGAGAGCUAAAGCAGGAAGGCAUGAAGACAGAUGUUGUAUUUUACAGUGCUCUAAUUGAUGCUUUAUGCAAAAAUGGUUUGAUUGAAUCUUCUCUGAGGCUGCUGGAUGUGAUGACAGAGAAAGGAAGUAGGCCAAAUGUUGUGACUUACAACUCCAUUAUUGAUGCCUUCAAAAUAGGACAGCAGCUGCCAGCUCUGGAAUGUGCUGUUGAUACUCCUUUUCAAGCCAAUGAGCAUCAAAUUAAACCUUCAUCUUCUAGGCUUAUUGUAGGUAACUUUCAAGAUCAGAAGACUGACAUUGGGAACAAUGAUGAAAUCAUGAAGAUGUUGGAGCAACUUGCUGCUGAAAAAGCAGGUCUUACGAAGAAGGAUAAGAGGAGCAGACAAGACAAUUUCUUCAUAGUGCAGAUCUUUCAAAAAAUGCACGAAAUGGAAAUCAAACCAAAUGUUGUCACAUUUUCAGCCAUCUUGAAUGCUUGCAGUUGUUGUGAGACAUUUCAAGAUGCUUCAAAGUUGUUAGAUGCACUCCGAGUGUUUGAUAGUCAGGUCUAUGGCGUAGCUCAUGGGCUACUUAUGGGUCACAGGCAAGGCAUAUGGGAUCAGACUCAGACACUAUUUGAUGAACUAGAGCACUUGGAUUCUUCAACAGCAUCUGCAUUUUAUAAUGCUCUGACUGAUAUGUUGUGGCAUUUUGGUCAGAAACUAGGGGCUCAAAUGGUUGUGAUUGAAGGAAGAAACCGAAAUGUGUGGAAAGGGGGUUGGUCUACUGAAUCCUUGGAUCUACAUCUAACGUCCUGUGGAGCAGCUUGUGCAAUGGUGCAUACAUGGUUGCUUGAAUUGCGUACCACUGUUUUUGGAGGCCAGAAGCUGCCUCCAAUAUUGAGUAUAUUAACUGGAUGGGGCAAGCAUAGCAAAGUAGUCGGCAAUGGCACUUUAAGAAAGGCUGUCGAGGCACUCCUAAAUGGCAUUGGUGCACCCUUUCAGAUUUCUGAGUGUAAUUUGGGGAGGUUUAAAUCAGAAGGACCUGAAGUAGCUGCUUGGUUGAGACAACCUAGCACAUUGAAUGUGCUGCUUCUCCAUGAUUGCAUUGUUUAUUCUCAACCAGUUGAGAGAAACCAAACAUUCAAUAUACCAUCUCUUGGUGCAUUGUAGAGAAAUUGAGAUUCAAAUUAUGAAUUGGAAAGCCAAUUUUUGAAUCGUGAAUCAUAAUUUGUAUUAAAUUGUAAGGUUGAGAUAAUGAAAAAUAACUUCAAAUAUAUCAUAUAGAUGAUA